CAGUCUAAGAAGCACCAUCAGAUCAAGAUGAUAGGAGAAAGCCCUCAAAUGCCGUGCACCUGGGGCCGGUUCCUUCGUUCAGACCACCCCGCUCGAAGCUUAAUGUCUCGUGAGUUGCAUGAAAUUACUAGCGUCAGACUCAUUUCUGUUUCAGAUAUGUCUUGUGACAGAGACCGCCGUACUCCUGUGCGUAUCGCAUUACGAAGUUUGCUGUAACGAGGAGCAACCUGCGCUCACCUUCAUAGACCGAUCACUGGUAUCGAGCUUGAGGCUCUACGUAAGAUCGGCUAUCAUUCCCGCGAGAAGCGUCACUUUCCUACUAUCCCUAUGUACCGGUGAAGUCGGAGACGGUAGCCUCGUGCUAGAGAGAUGAAUCGUAAUCGGACAGAUAGAAGCAUCUGAGCUCACUACUAGGCAACACCAACCGAAACCCAU